GUCCUCCUCCUCAACUGCUCCCUCUCCUCCUCUCCUCCCCCUCGCAGUUCUUCCUCCCUGAUCCUUGAUCGAUUUCGCGUCCCGGGUUUUCUCGAUCACACGGAGGAACUUGGUCGGCUUUGAGAAUCUUGGUGCUCCGAGUUGUAAGGGUUCGGGGCGGGAUGGAUUUGGAGUCUCGAUCUCGGGCGUCGGAUAGCUUGCCCUCGGUCUGGGGAUUUGCUUGUCCAUCGAUUGACUGACUGAAACAGAACCAUCGACUUCGAUUCUAAAUGUCAUUUUUGCUUUGGUAUUUUGAACGUGGUAAUCGAGUAUGGAAGUUAAACCACUUCGUGUUGGGUAAUCAAUUUUAGAAAAAGGAAAAUUAGCUUUUCCGUUUCAUUUUCUUACCACUCUGUAAAUUCUUGAUGAAAUGGCAAUGCCUCGAUAUGCUUCCGUUGGCAAAAGCUUUCCUUUCCCUGAGGCGAUGCUGAGAUGAAAUCAUUUACUGGUCACUGCUUGCAGAAAUCAUACAGAACCACUCUUUUGUUGGCCUACCAGAGUUUUGGUGUUGUAUAUGGUGACUUGAGCAUCUCGCCCAUUUAUGUCUACAAGAGCACCUUCUCGGGCAAGCUGCGCCUUCAUGAGGAAGAUGCUGAGAUCCUUGGAGUCCUUUCUCUGGUUUUCUGGACUCUUACUCUCAUCGCACUCUGCAAGUACAUUAUCUUUGUGCUAGCAGCAGAUGAUGAUGGCGAAGGUGGGACCUUUGCGUUGUACUCAUUAAUGUGCCGAAACUCAAAGAUGGGACUCUUGAGCACACCCCAUGCUGCUCAGGAGCACUUGACUGCUUACAAUCCGGAAGUACACUGUGAUGAAACUAGGACUAGCUUAUCAAUAAAGAGGUUUAUUGAGAAGAAUCAAUCUUCUCGACUGGUGCUGCUGCUAUUUGUGCUAUUAGGGACAAGUAUGGUCAUCGGUGAUGGUGUUUUGACCCCAACAAUGUCAGUUGUCUCGGCAGUUUCUGGACUCAGAAUUAAGGUCCCAGGUUUGCAUGAAAAUUACACUGUUUUGAUUUCCUGUAUCAUCUUAAUGUGCCUUUUUGCUCUGCAACACCAUGGAACACAUCGUGUUGGCUUUCUGUUUGCUCCGAUCUUGAUCUCUUGGCUUGUCUGCCUAAGUACUAUUGGAAUCUACAACACAAUUAUGUGGAACCCUCGUAUUGUUCGUGCUCUCUCUCCACACUAUAUUUAUUACUUUUUUAAUAAAGCUGGAAAAGAUGGAUGGAGUUCACUGGGCAGUCUUGUCCUUUGUAUUACAGGUGCUGAGGCAAUGUUUGCUGACCUAGGGCACUUCUCAAAGAUUUCGAUUAGGAUAGCAUUUGCAGCUGUAGUAUAUCCCUGCUUGGUGCUGGCCUACAUGGGCGAAGCAGCGUACCUGUCCAAGCACACAGAGGAUCUCCAACAAAGCUUUUUCAAAGCCCUUCCAGAAGGUGUAUUUUGGCCAGUGUUUGUCAUUGCUACAUUAGCCACAGUUGUAGGCAGUCAGGCAAUCAUCUCUGCAUCAUUCUCCAUCAUCAGCCAAUGCAGAGCUUUGGGAUGUUUCCCACGUGUGAGGAUCAUACACACCUCGAGCCAUAUCCAUGGCCAGAUAUACAUUCCAGAGGUGAACUGGAUCUUGAUGCUCCUCUGCCUCAUUCUCACCAUUGGUUUCAGAGACACUUUCAUGAUUGGAACUGCUUAUGGUCUAGCUGUGAUCACAGUAAUGCUGGUGACAACAUGUUUGAUGUUCCUUAUCAUCACUACAGUAUGGAAGCAAUCCAUUUUGCUGGCACUCCUCUUCACCAUCACAUUUGGAUCCUUGGAACUCCUCUACCUGUCUGCAUGCCUUGCCAAAGUCCACCAUGGAGGAUGGCUUCCCCUCCUAAUCUCGAUGGCCAUCCUGAUGACUAUGUUCACUUGGCACUACGGGACUGCUAAGAAGCGGGCAUUCGAGCUCCAGAACAAGGUCAGCCUCGAUCGUCUCCUCAGCAUCACCCCGAGCCUUGGCCUCGUCCGAGUCCCUGGAAUUGGCCUCGUCUACUCCAACGCCACUAAUGGCGUCCCGCCCAUGUUCGCUCACUUCGUCACCAACUUCCCUGCCUUCCAUCGCGUCCUCAUAUUUGUGUGCUUGCAGACGCUAACAGUGCCCAAAGUGCCACAUGAUGAACGCUUCUUGGUGGCAAGGAUUGGAGAACCGGCACACGGGCUCUUCAGAUGCGUCGUCAGGUACGGGUACAAGGAUGAACGCUCGGACAGCUAUGAAUUCGAGAACCAGCUGCUGCUGAAGGUUGCGCAGUUCCUUCGGCAGGAAGGUGGAGGCUUGUCGCAGCCGGACAGUGAGCUGUCUUCGAUCGGCGAGUCGUCGCCGUCCUGGUUAGUUUUGGGUGGAGGGGAUGGUGGUGGAAGGAAGAGAGUGCGGUUCCAAGGGGAUGAAGCAACAGCAGAAGUGAGGCAGGAGGUGUGGGAGCUACUGGAGGGUCGGGAGGCCGGCGUUUCAUACAUGAUUGGCCACACGUGUGUGGUAGCUCACGAGUCCUCGCCGUUGAUCAAGAAGCUCGCGAUCGACGUGGUGUAUGGGUUUCUUCGUCGGAAUUCUCGGAGUCCGGCAGUUUCUCUUGGGAUCCCACACGCUUCACUGGUUGAGGUUGGCAUGGUGUAUCAUGUGUGACGGUGAGGGCCAUUUCUGCAUGCUUAGGAGUUUAGUUUGGAGUCUCUCUCAGCUUCUGCAACUGAGAACAAGGCAAUUACCUGCACUGGUGGAUGCUGCAUUCCAUGAAUGAUGAUGGACCAAGUCAACUGUUCAGAGAACCGGGGUGGAGAUGGAAGAAAGGUACUCCACUUAUUUCAGCUUUUAUUUAAGGGCAUAAAUAACUAUGUUAGUGCAAAGGAAAUAAUGCUUCAGUGGUUGAGGUUA